CCAAUCCCCUCCCAUUCACAUACAGUGAGGCCGCGAGUGUUAGGCGUCGCUUAGCAACUAGGCUCGGACACAUUUUUUGCAGUGACCGUCUCCGCCUCACGUCCUGCCGGUGUACACGGGGUUUCCCGCACAGUACAGCAGUGUUCUAACAGCCAUAACUUUUUUUUCCCAUCGAACACCAUUGUUUGAGAGCUUAUUUUUUGCGGGACGAGCUGUACCAUUAAAUGACUCUGAUUUACAACUACAUUGUGCUUUAAAUAGAUCUGUAACAUGGUAAAAGGUGCUGAAAACUUCAGAUCUCUAUGGACGGAGCAAAAACAAAGCUCAAACCCAAAUGAGAAACUGGACACCAAGAAACUGUACCAGCUAUACAAUGACAUCCUGCAGCCUCUCAGCCUAUUCUCUAAUCGGACCAAUCAGAUUGUACCUCAGAAGAAAGAUGCUGAUGAAGAACAGAACCAUUUGAUAGAGAAGAAGAUAAACCUAAAGGAGAAUGUGGGACACAAUGUUUGUAAUGAUGAGGUAUAUGGACCUUCAGUUGCUCCAUUCAUGAAGGAUGUUUGUACCGUUUCUGCAGACGUUCUGUGCGAUAUUAUUAGACGGAAGUUACAUGAAAUCUCAACAGCAAAUGUUGUCUCCGCUGAAGUUCGGCAGGUUUUUGAGGAUGUCAUUCUCAGUGAGGUAAAGGUCACCUGGGACAACAUUCCAGAUGUUCUGUGUAUCGGAAUAUUAACACAAAGUGAGAAGCGACGACUUCACAAGCGUCUCAUUGACCAUCUUAUGAUUGUUUCUGAGGAGCUCUUCUUCUACUACUUACAGAAAAUGGAGAAUAACAAGUCACACUCUGUGUUUUCUUAUGAAGCCAAUCUUACACGGUUUAAAGCACAGCUGUUACUCGAUUGCUCCAAAUUUAUGAAUGUGUUUUCGGCCAAACAUUACCUGAUCAGUGAGAUCAAGGAAAUAGAAGAUGAACAGUUAUUAGAUGUGGCUUUCUACGAUCAUGAAUAUUCAAGCAAGAAGAAAGAUCAAUAUAAAAAGUGCAGUCCAAAUUUUACUAUAGAUUAUUUCAUAAAACUGGGCAGACCUGAGAUUACAGUGCAUAAAGAGAAAAGAGAAACAGACUUGAUGCAGCUGGCCAACAUAAAGCGGUUGGACAUAGAAAAGGUGCAUUUGCUGAUUCCCCGACAAGAAAACAACCAGUUUAUAAAAAAUAUGCAAUGUGAAGCAAUAACCACCCCUUGCCCAUUUCCACAUGAAGUAGACUAUGAAACAGAAAAUGGCAGCAAUCAUACAGAGCAGAGAAGCCUAAAGAAGUCUGUAUCCUGCCCUAAUCUGAGGACUGGUGACCUCCUGGCUGAAGAAUUGAAAAUAACAUUUAAACAAGGUGCAGCUGAAUGUCCAGAGAUUAUUGGUGUUGCAGAAGCAGGGGAAAUCAAUGGCAAUCCCAUAAAAGAUGACCUCAGAAGGUUAAUAGAAGAUUCCAGGUUGCAGAUGACUUACCAAAGGGAAGGCUCAAAUACUGAAGACGAAAUUCCUCCCUUAAUAAAAGCUAUGGCUCCUGGCAGCACAAAUGGAGCUAAGCGCCAAAAAAUUGAAGAUUUAUUACAGGUUUUAAACAAAAGUUCUGAACAACCAGAAAAGAGAAAGACAGAACGUUGUGUCCAUCCUCAGCCUUUCACAAUUGAUAUGCAGAUUUCUAACAGGCCACUAGUGAGAAAAGCAGAUGCUCAGGCCUCCGACAGGAUAUUUUCUCAUUUAACGGAAAUUCCAAAAUACCCUCCAUUGUACAAUGAUUUUACAUCAGAGAUUGAGGCCAGUACUGUGAAGAAGUUGGACAGAAACCUGAAUGUUGGACAAGAACUUCAAGAAGUUUAUACAGAACUCACUAAGAAUAUUUCUACUGAUCACCUUAGGUUUGACCAGGAUUUAGAAUUUGAACCCUAUGCAACAAAAGUGGAUAUCUCCAUAUGUGCAGCUUCCUCAACACUGACAAAGAAGUCAAGUCAGCGAGUCAUUAACAAGCAACUGGACUCUGUUGGUUCAAAGGAUAAAUGUGAAAGUGUGGUCCAGCACAUACCUGCUGACAAAGAUGCUUCCAAAUUAUGCAAUUCCUGGCUUGUUUGGUGGAAGUCUAUUGUUAAUUCUGAUGACUACAUGAAAUAUAUCUCCACUCAGGAUCUGGAUUACUUAAAGGUAAUAUACCAUCUAUACAACAGUGAUUCUGAGAAUGAAGAGCAGGCAAAGAUUGCGGAAAAAAUAAAGAGGGAAGAACAGAAAAGGCAACGAGACAAAAAGAUUGCUGAUCUUAGAGAACAGAAGCAAAGCUACAUACCUGGCAUGUGGAAUGUUAAUAGUGUCAUGCUUGGGGGUCUAGGAUCAGAACCACCUUUACAGGAAGUGCAUUGUGAAAUAACAGAAUCAACAGAUAUUCCUACUGAGAUAGAGCCAGCACUGAGCCAUGAUGAUAUGCAGAAAAAACUACAUUUCAUAUGGACUGUACUUCAUGUUCCCGAAAGCCAGAGACUGGAUAUGGCAAUUAAAUAUAGUUCUAAUGAAUACAGAGAUCGACUUCAAGAGGCUAUAAAAAUGUGGGAAAAAGCAAUAACACUUAUCAAGAGAAGAGAGAAGCUUUUAGCUGAGCUGGAGAUGUUUGAGAGGGAGGCAUCUGAUCCAAACAGAUUCUUCCACAUUGGGUAUGAAGGAACAUCAAUGGCAAGGAUGGAAGAGUCUAGAAAAAGGAAAAAGUUACACAAACAAAUGGCAGAAAUAGAACCUGAAAUAUAUAAAGUAUUAUACAUUAUAAAGAAGAAGUUUAAUGACACAGUCAGCUAUAAGGGCAGAGCAUAUGCUGACAAAAUGAAGUGGGACAAAACAGAAAUGCUCUACUGGUUACAACAAGAAAGACGCAAAACCUUAAUGGAAAUGAAUCUAAAAAAAGAAAAUACUUGUGAAGAAUUGGAACCGAUUAAAUGAGAGACUAAAAAAGGGUUGUCUGGGAAAAAACAAUAUUCUAGAAGGCUGGGGAGAAUGUAAAAAUAAUCAAGAACAUAUAGUCACCUACCUCAUUCCCUGCAGCUGCUGCACCAACACUUUUGGCUCUUUGCCACGCACCACUUUUUCUAGUUCCUGUGAUGUGCUGAUCCAGCAGUAACUGCCCCUCUCUGCUAACCACUGACUAAGGCAGGACAUCACUGCGGCCACUGUUUGUGGUAGUUCCUGUUGGGUGGGCAUGUCACAGUAACCAGGAAGAAGCAAUCAGCAGUGCAGUACAGGCAGCAUCAGUGCUGUAGGGGACUGAGGUAGGUAAGUUUAACUUAUUAUUUUAUAACAUGUUUUUUUUCCUAAUGACAAAAUUCAAUAAAAUAACAAAUAUAAACAUAUAUAUAUAUAAACGCAAAAAUAUAACAACAAAUAUAAAGAGCACAAGUGCAAAAAGUAUCAAAAUGUGAAAAGUGUUUGUUAUUAUUUUAUCAUCAUCCCCUGCCUUGUAGAUUUUUUUUCCCUUUGGACAAGUACUUUAAAGGAGUGCUCUACUGCCGACUAUUCCUCCUCCGUUGUACCCGGA